AUGUCAAGUUUACACACCACCGGAAAAGAAAACAGUUUAUCAGUCAAGUCUGACUUCCUCUUACAAAGGAAACCAACACAUGGGUCUGUCCCAAGCCCAAAGCGGAAAAACUUAGUUGAGCAAGAAAACGACAAUGCAAUGUGUUAUGCAAAGAGCAAGCUAAAAGCAGUCUGUUUUACAGCGGUGGGCCCCAUCUGAUAUCCCAGUAAAGUCUUCCUGCAAAGCUAACAGGUACUUACUGGAAGACUAUGGAAGAACCAAAAAAACAGAAAGGGAGGAAGCUCGGCUCAACAAGAAGGAGUAAACCACAAAAACAUGUCAAUGCGGAAAUAAGGCCUGAUUCUGCAAAUGCAGAGGAGGAAGACGCCUUCUUUGCCGAUAUAAUGGAAAAAGUUAAGAACGCACUCUUUGAAGAUGACAGUGGCAGCAGUGUUUUCAUCACUCGCGAUGACAUGGAGAAAGUAAGCAAUAGCAUUUUCUGGAGCAUGGAAGAGUUAGAACUGAUCUUUGAUGAGCUUAACAAUGAAGGGAAAGGAUACUUGACUUUUGAAGAAUUCACUUUAGGACUGAAAAACCAUAUGAGUUCUGAUAAAAAUCCCUGGAAUCAAAAAAGAAAAAGAAAAUCUACGCAAAGACUUCAUGCAGAAUUCACAAAUCUAUCCUCCAUUGAAGAAGCAGAUGCAGAAGAGAAGAAGCAGUUCAUGUCACUCAUGGAACAUCUUGGAGCCCAAAACAUUUUUGAAGAUGAAACUGAAAUUUGGAAACUGUGGACUAAACUUGGCCGCGAUGAGCCGCAUUUGCUUGGGAACCUGGAAGAACUCUUGGCUAAAGUCACGGGUCAAAUAAAGGAAGCCAGAAAAGAGAAAGAAACUUUAGAGAUGGCUUUAAAAAAGAGGAUAUCUGAUCAUAAUGAAGAGGUACAGUGUCUGUAUGAAGAGAUGGAACAGCAAAUCCAUGCAGAAAGAGAAAGAUUGAUAAAUGAGAGUGAUGUCCGAAGCAACAUUCGCAGCAUGGAAUUAAAGAAAAUGAUUGAAGUGAAAAAUAAAGACGUCCAGCAGUUGGUUGCCGUUCAAGAUGAGCUGGAGAGAGAACUUCACAACUUAAGAAGCACUCAACAAAUCACAAAGACAGAGAAUGAAAAACUGAAACGGACAAAUCAGGAUCUAGAGCACCAGUUGGAAAAGAUACGUGACCAGCUGUCUGAAGCUCAAGGUUGUUUGAGUGAGAUGAAGCACAAAAUGGCCCACAGUGAUUCUGAAAGGGAGAGGAAAGAUAUUACUGUACCACUGACCAUUUCAAGCUACAAAAUGAAGAAUGAAGAAAGGACCCAUCCAAGAUCAAAGGAUACCUUAAUGGACCAAACAGACCCGAAUGAUGACAUUACACUUUCAAGCUCACAGGAAGCCUUAAGGGAACAACUAAACAUAGAUGAACCAAUUACCCAUUCAAGUUCACAGUUUUAUCAGAUUUUUUUCCAGGAAGAAUCCCAGAAGGAUAAAAAUAUUGAAAUGGGAGAAGUGAUGCCCGAACCAACUGUGGAGUCAGAAGAAAUGUUUUCCACUGUCAUAUUUGAUCAUAAUAAUGUUGAGAGAAUUAGAACAAAUACAUCCAGUGACCAACCAACUACAACCAAGCACAAAGGUGACAUUUUAUUUGACCAAACGCCAGUAUCAGUAACACGCGUUAUCUCCAUAGAAGAAGACCCGGUACCGGAGUUGUUUAUUAAAGACAAUAACGUUCCUGAAGCAGAAAUUUAUGAAAUACAGGAUAAAUCAAGCCAUUCUCAUUAUGAUGUACCUACAGAAAAAAACUCUGACAAACUAAUGUAUGAACAGAUUAUUCCAGAAAUGGAGAAAUAUGUUUCCUUUGGAAAAAAUAACAUUGGCAUAUCUAAAAACUUUCCAGAUGUAUUAAAAGACCAGCCAGAAAUAUCACUAAGAAUAUUAAAACCCCAAAAAGACAUUUUUCUUGACCAAACUACACGCUCAAGUGUCAGUAAUCCAGAUCAUUUCCAAAAACAAGAGCAGACUUUGAAAAGUGGUUCAGUGAGGGGCAGUGAUAAAUCAAACCAAAAGCCAUUACAAGUAGAAAUCUCCCAGAUUAUUAAGGAACUGCAAAGUGGUACCCUCACAGAAGAGAUGAAAGUUCAGAUGAAUAAAAAAGUGACUUUCCAAGAAAAUGUUCCAAAAUGUAUAAAUGAUGAAAACAAACAAGACAUCCAAAAGCCAAUACAGAACAAUGAGGAGAAACGUUCUCUUUCUCACCCAACAGGACAGCCAGACCAUGUUUACAAGAUUUUGUUUGUUGGCAAUUCAAGUGUUGGGAAAACGUCAUUUUUACACAGAGUGCACGAUGGAGCUUUUCACCAAGGUUAUUCAGCUACAGUGGGGAUAGACUGCCGUAUAAAAAUCUUAAAUGUAGAUGAUAAGCAUUUUGCACUACAACUCUGGGACACAGCUGGACAAGAGAGGUUUCACAGUAUCACAGAGCAUUUCUUUAGAAAAGCAGACGGGUUGGUGAUUAUGUAUGAUGUUACUUCUAAAGAUACGUUUUCUGCCGUACAGUACUGGCUGAGCUGUAUCAUGAAUAAAACACAAGAUGAUAUUGUCAUUCUCCUUAUGGGAAACAAAAUAGACUGCGAGGUUGAAAGAGAGGUGACAACAGCAGAUGGAGAAGAGCUGGCCCAGGAGUACAAAUUAUUGUUUGCUGAGUGCAGUGCAGCAUCGGGCAUCUACAUUACUGAAGCACUGAUUGAUAUGGCCAGAUCCUUAAAGAAGCAUGAGGAUGACAUGAAAAAUAAUGUGGUAAAACUGAGACAGCCUACAGAAAAGAAUAAAAGCUGUUGUUUCUAGUAGAGGCAGAGGAUGUUUGGCAUGUUUUCUCCAGGCUUCUGCCAACUUCAAAUUAUUGGAACAUCCUUGGCCAGAAAUGUCCGCCUUAUUUGGAGCGGAAAGCAUGGAGGACAGGUUAUUUGCUUGAAGCACUGGCACAAUGUAUGAAUAAAGUUUUUAUCCACCUGAUUUGUGUGUAAGCGUGUGUACAUAUGUCUGUGUUUUUCUUAAGCAUAGCCACCAGCUCAAUUUGAAAUAGCAAUUGUAGAGCACAUUUUAUUGUACAACCUGGCAUUAAAUUUGAAUAAAGUAUGAAAAAAUAGA